CGGAGAGCUAACCACUUGACAGUUGCUAUAAUGCACUAUUUCCUUGCGACUCUCCUCUCGCUCUCGCUGAGGCAGUGAACUAUUGUUCAACAGUAGGCCAUUACGGUGCCACUGAUUACCCUGCGGAAGCAACAGCUGCUGUAUGUACCAGAUAUAAACUACCACCCUGUCCUAGUUUACCCAGGCGGCAGUAAUCUAUUGGCCUACUGCGUUAGAGGUAAAUACAGAGAAAAUACUGACUUCAUGCGUUGUAGUGUGGCAAUACCAACCGACUAGCUUACAUCUCAGCCUGUGCAUGUGGUGUCGCCUGCCCUUCUCUUGCGUCUACUACAACGUCUGUUACUGGCACCACAUCGGUUCCAACUACAUUGGCUACCUCAACUCUAGCGUCAGGGGGAAAUGCCCAGACAUCGCCUGGCUCUCUCACUGCUGUCACCUCGACCAGCAGCGUGCUUAUGCCAAGUUCAUCCGGUUUGACGGCGUCAGGAACAUCAAUCUCCGAGACUGGAUCUGGGCCUGUAGACUCAUUGACCUCAUCUUUGCCGAAAAUAACUACUACAUCUAGCAAUUCCACAGGGGAUUCCCAAUCAGAGAGCCCAACCUUGAGCACAGAUGUCACACCUAGUAACCUAGGAUCAUCGAGGAUUGCUUCUCUUACCUCGUCAUCUUCGUCUUCAACUGUCUCUUUUGUUUCUAGCGUGGGUUCACCAGUUUCUACAUUCGCUAGCUCGUUGUCCAACACACAAUCCACGAUUCCCGGGGAACCAUCCUUGACUUCAAUGUCGACUUUUACGUCGAAUACUUCCAGCGCAGCUGCAGUCUCGUCAAGCGACCCAGUUAGCAGUUCAGCCCCUUGGACGAAUUCGUCUUGUACUUUAGGAGCUACAUCAACGAAUUCGGCCAACACGAGCAUGGCCUCGGGAACCUUAUCAAAUUCAUUCUCAUCAGGAAACCCAGUCGGUGCUGGGUCGACGACCGCUGAGUCGAUGACUGCUGAGCCCCUGCCAACUUCCUCAGGUCUACUGUCUAACUCGACUUCGACUGGUCCGACUCCUGCAAGCGACGCCACCUCGAUCGACACGACCUGUUUUCCCUCCCCAAAGUUGACACCGUCUCCUAGUUCGGCAUUUCACUAUAUCAACUCCACGACAUCAACUCCCACAGACAGUUCCAUCUUCACAUCAUCAAACCAGACUAGCUCGAGCCUACCAUUGGCCAGUUCCGCAACGACCAGUACAAGUGCCUCAUGCACGACCGUCUCGGCCAGCGAUGUGAUAGAGAAUGGAGAUUUUGAGCAGGGACUUUCACCGUGGAGUAUCGACCUGGUGGAUAUCAUGUCGACGGCCUACUCCGUCAGUAGCCCGGGCGCGGACGGGUCAUGUGGGGCGUUCCACGUUUUGAUGCGGCGAAACCUGCAGACGGAGGACCUCCGAUCGAACCUUCGGCUCGUCAGCCCGAUUCUUUGGCCCCCGGCGAACUCGAGCUGGAAUAUAUCAUUCUGGGUGCAGUUUUCUAGUAUCAGCGCAGCGUCAUACGUCGACCUGUACGCCAACUACAAGGUCGCGCACCGUGUUGAGGCCACGUCGGCGAACUGGACUCAUGUCGAAUUCCCUUAUACCACGGGCAACGACGAUAGGAUGCUUCAGUUUGUCUUCUCGUUCGUGCUGGGCGAUGAGAUGGAGAAUGAAGUCUGGGUUGAUAAGGUGGCUAUGGAUGUAGUUGCUACAUCUACAUCUACAUCUAUAUCGACCUCGACCACACCGGUGAUAGGUGCUGCAACUAUCAUGCCUGUUGCUCAUUAGAUACUCUAGUUCUGGGCACCAAACUCGAAUGCAUUAGAUAAUAAACACGAGGAUGUUAAUGCAAAAUUUGAAGCCUUUCAACCUAAAAAUGAAUCAUUAAAGAGUACAUAUUAUGUAACUAUGUAGUACAUAGCAUGGACCUUCCAUGUUACUGAUAUAUCAUUGAUGUGACUAACGAUUCCUCUUUAUGUAGGAAGCGAUGACAUAAC